AUGUCUUCACAACUUCCUGAAGACGGCAACAAGGGUCGAGAAGUAGUUGACAAAGGAUCCAUCACGUACGUAGGCGAGUCCUUUCCACUAGCCCUUAUCUUCAAGGACUCGGCGGGCUCUAGUGGUUGGCGACAAGCUCAUCAUCGGGGCCUCUCCUGUGCAGCUGUGGACAACGAGCAAUCAGAUGCUGGUCCGCAAAGCAAGCACCCGCCACAUAUGCGGUCAGAAGAUGUUCUCUAUCUUUCUUCGAAAGGAGCGUUCGAAACGCCGCCUCAUGCGGUGCUUGACGCUCUUAUCGAGGUUUUCAUCACCCGUGUCUACCCGCUGUAUCCGAUUGUCAACCGAGUCGAGUUCAUGGAGCAGUAUCGAACGAAGAAAAUUCCGUGGGUCCUCCUCCAGUCCGUCUGCCUCGUCGCGGCGACGUUCUGCCCAGCCCGGUUGAUCCACAAAUUUGGGUUUGAGUCUCGGCAAACCGCUAGGAGUUCAUUCUACUCUAAAGCCAAAGCCCUGUUCGACUUCAGCUACGAAAAUAGCAAGAUUGUGGUGCUUCAAGUCACCAUUCUCCUGACGUUCUGGGGUGGCAGCCCGAAUACGUACUGGAAUUUCCACUCUUGGGUGGGCACUGGCGUCGCAAUUGCCGAGACAUUGGGCUGUCAUCGUACAAUGGCCAGCACAAACGUCAAGCCGCAGGAUCGUAGUUUGUUGAAACGCCUAUGGUGGGUUCUCGUCGUGCGAGACACUGCCUGCGCGACACUUGUCGGGCGUCCUUUCAGGAUAAACAUGGACCAUUGCGACGUCGACCAGCUCACAAUUCACGACUUUGAGCAAGGAACGCCGUCCACUUCCGCAUUUUACCAGAUUGAGAUGUCCAAGCUGUCUCUCAUCCUGAGGAACAUCAUAAUGGCACGUUUCUCUGCUCGUCGAGAACCAUCUCUGGUUCCUAUGGUGCUUCACUACAUGCUUACGGAAUGGAGAUCGAAAUUGCCCAUUGAACUGGCAUGGUCUGAUACGUCGUCUCGUCCACCCAACGUUCUCAGCGCUUGUCUUGCUGUCACAUACAACCACCACAUGAUACUCGCUCAUCUCAACUGCACGAUUGAUCCAGAGCAGGCACCGAGAGAGCCAUCGUCCGAACAGGUUGCUAGUUUUGCAGCGCAGCAAAUAGCUGCCAUCGCGUGCGGCGUUGUUACGCGGGACGAGAUUCUCUCAGCCCCGCACGAGCUCUUACACGGCAUCUUUACUGCUGCGGUUGUUUUCUACAAGUUGUCGAAGAGCACGCAACCGAUGGAGGGUCAACUGGGCAUGGCUGGUUUGACUAAUUGUCAGAUGGUACUUCAUGAGACAUAUGAAUCUUGGGAUUCGAGUCCCUGGGUUCAGCGUAUUCUCACCGAGAUUUCUACUCUGCAAUCCAAUGUCUCCCUACAUCAAAUGUCUUCGCAUUGA